CGCAUUGUUCUCGCGGUAUUGCCUACCUCUCGCGAGAUUCGGCCGACGUCAUUUUUAGCGCGGAGUUUGUUGGCGGAAAGGCGUCGAACUAGUCAAAUGUUUUGUUCUCUUUGUAUUUUAGCACUAUUGUGUCGCGUUUUGUCUGUAAAAAGUGUAUUAACCACUUUUCCCCCACCCCCCGAACAUUUUGUUGAAACUUCAAAGAGUAGAGGUGAAUACUUUUCAGACAGCCGUUGACCUCGAACAAAUGCGAUGGAGACUCCUGUCUGUGCUGAAACCUUCCCAAUAGACGGAUGUGUCAAAUCUACCAGCAAGAAGAGUAAAACCUCAAGGAGUGUGGAGUCUGACAUUGAAUCGCUCUACAAAGCUGUUCCUCAGCUUGCCAAGACUUUUCGCAUCAUUGAAAAAAUUGGAGAAGGUACAUUCAGCUCCGUCUACCUCGGUGAGGCUCGGAUGCGAGACGGCAGCAGGGACAUGUUUGCCCUCAAGCACCUCAUCCCAAUUAGCCACCCGACUCGCAUCGCUGCCGAACUCCAGUGUCUCACUGUUGUGGGUGGCAGGGAGAAUGUAAUGGGCGUGGAGUACUGCUUCAGGAAGGAGGACCAUGUCGUGAUUGUCAUGCCUUAUAUGGAACACCAAGCGAUAGUAGAUGUCAUCAGGUUGUUGAGCUUUGAAGAGGUCCGUCUGUACAUCUACCACCUGCUAAAAGCCCUACGACACAUCCACCAGUUCGGUGUCAUUCACCGGGACAUCAAACCAAACAACUUCCUCUACAACAGAAAAGCUAAGACGUUUGCUCUGGUGGACUUUGGCCUCGCUCAAGGAACAGCAGACACUCAGAUCGAACUGCUCAAGGUGGUCAGACAGAAGCCAUCGCAGCCAAGAGCUGGAAGUUCCACAGAGAGACGAGACAAAGCCCCACCUAAACCUUCCUCUUCCGCCACAGCCUCACACCAAUCCACAGCUAACGCACCUUUCCCCCCCUCCUCCUCUCCCACCAUAACCACACCGGCCACUCGGAAAGUAUUGAUUAAAAAGUCACGAUCCAUCGCAAUCACAGCAGGCGCUUCUACUUCUCGCACAAAGCACACAAAGGAUUUAUUGGGAAUACGUAAAUCACAGAGGCCGGUGUUUAGCGAGAGGAACCUGAACAGCUGCACUUCAGCCGCCUCUACCACCAAGCAGACAAAUAGGACAGAAGUAAGACUAUUUUCUACACCUCAAACUGCAACACGCAUGAAUUUUUUCUCUUGCCUUCUACUUGUAAAGUCUGUGAGACCGGGGGACCUGUCAAAUCGAAGGUUGCCUUCAGCUCGAGGAGGUCCAGCUAGUGUCAGAACACAUAAACUUCAACGAACCGCCCAGCAGACUUUCACCUGCUCCUGCUUCCAGACGGACCGGGUCUGCAACGUUUGCCUGGCCAGAAAGCAGCAAGUGGCUCCAAGGGCGGGAACACCAGGCUUUCGAGCUCCAGAGGUCCUCACCAAGUGUCCAAACCAAGGAACUGCCAUCGACGUGUGGUCAGCGGGAGUCAUCCUGCUCUCGCUGCUAAGCGGACGCUACCCUUUCUUCAAAGCCAGCGACGACAUGAUCGCUCUCGCGCAGAUCAUGACAAUACGAGGCUCCAGAGAGACCCGACGCGCGGCUAAAGCGUUUGGCAAGGCGGUGCUUUGCAGUCGGGAGCUUCCUCGGGUGGAUCUCCGGGAGCUCUGUGAGACGCUGAGGGGGCGGAGACCAUCACCGGAUGAUGAAGUCCCGCCAGUCACAGAUGGUAAAGACACAGGCAAAGGUAGCACGGGUAAGACUCCUGCACCGCUCCCGAAAGGCCAGGAUCCAACACCAGGGGAGAAACCCUGGUCAGGGCUGUGUGAUGAGAGGGGAUGGGACAAGGUACCUGAUGAGGCCUACGACUUGUUGGACCGGCUGUUAGAUCUCAACCCCAAUAGCAGAAUUACAGCGGCUCUGGCCUUGCAGCACCCACUGUUCAAAGGCCUGUAAAGCAAUUUUACUUCGGUGUUGGUCUGUUUCUUAUUGGUACCAUUGGUAAAUGCAGCUGUAUAAUUUAUUACUACGCAGGGAACAUUGUUUUACUCCUAAUAAAGUUGAAAAUUACUUUAAAAAA